UCAGCUCUUGAGGACCCAACGCCGCCCAGCUGCAAGGCCCCCUCGUGACCGAGAAGCAUCUUUGUGACUCUGCGCGGGAGGGAAGCAUGGCCACUCUGUCCAACCUGACGCAGACCCUGGAAGAUGCCUUCAGGAGGAUUUUCAUCACCUACAUGGACACCUGGCGCAGGAACACAACCGCCGAGCAAGACGCCCUGCAAGCCAAGGUGGACGCAGAGAACUUCUACUACGUCAUCCUGUACCUCAUGGUGAUGAUCGGCAUGUUCUCCUUCAUCGUGGUGGCCAUCCUGGUGAGCACCGUGAAGUCCAAGAGGCAGGAGCACUCCAACGACCCCUACCACCAGUACAUCGUGGACGACUGGAAGCAGAAGUACAAGAACCAGAUUCUGAAUCUGGAAGAAGCCAGGGCCACCAUCCAUGAGAACCUGGGUGCAGCGGGGUUCAAACUGUCUCCUUGACCAGCGAGCAAGGCAGGGCGCCAUCCUCAGAUGCCCAAAGAUGAGGCCACGCCCGUGCCGUGGAGCAAACCCAAGGUCACUGCUCAGGAGUGACGCCAAGCCUCUCGCUCUUGGUCCAGACUCUUCAGGCAGAUCGUGUGGUUGACCCACUGGGGUGGUGACAUUUCCAUCUCAGUGACUUACGCCUGCCCAUCGGCGCAGUCGUGUGUCCUGAAGACCCCUUUUACUUUCCGUGCAAUGGGAUUGUCACUUUAAUCAAUGUCCACAGUGGAGAUACAGCCAGACUUGAAGGGGAGCCCCUGAAAGUGGCAGGGGGGACAGAAAGAUGUAUAAUGCACAGGGUUUUCUUUCUCACGAAACGUGAUUUUGCAUGUGGCUAAUUCAAUUUACAAACAGGAUGUAUUAUUACCCAGAUGCUGGGGUUCAAAACCUGUCACUUGCUCCCUGGCUGACACAGGAGCAGUCGCCAGUGAGCUCGUGACCGCAGGGUCUGCCGUGAAGGUGAGCAGGGCCGCGGGUUAGCUGCGCCCAUUUUUCCCGGCACUGAGCUUACUUGCAAGUCUGAAGAGGACCAGCAUUUCACAGCGCAGCCAGCCCCCGCGGGGGAAGCGCGAUCUUUAAGGACCACCCAGGGCAAAGAUGUUUUUAAGUGAAUCUGUAAAGUUCUGCAGAAAAUUCACUUUUAAAAAAUUCUUGUUAUUGUGGGGAAAAAAAACAAUAAAAGGCAUGUCACUGC